AUUCAAAAAUAGGUAAAAAAACCGAAGCCCUAAUCUUCGAUCAGCGGCAGAGAAACGAAGCGAGAAACCUAUCCGACAAUGAAGGGGAACCUCAGAUGGCGAAGAUCGAGAGAAAGAAGCUGGAUAACUACCAUAAAGACUUCAUUGCUCCUUCUUCCUCUUCGUCCCUCUUCUUCGUCUCUUGGAAAAGGCAACGAUACAGAUUAUUUACAGGAAAUAAUCGAGGAAGAGGAGAAAGAUGAAGGAUCACGACGCCAUCGCCGCAUAUCCGUUGGUAGCUGUGGCCAUUAGCAAGGAUAAAAGCAGCCAGAAUGCUCUGAAAUGGGCGGUUGAUAACCUCGUCGCCAAGGGCCAGACUCUCACCUUAGUCCAUGUUAACAUUCAGGCUUCAGCUUCACAGCAAAACGAUCCAUCCGAUGGCUACAAAGGCGCUGUGGAUCCUCAAAUGAAGGAACUAUUCCUCCCAUUUCGUUGUUUCUGCACGAGGAAAGAUAUACAUUGCAAGGAUGUGGUGCUUGAAGACACAGAUGUGGCAAAGGCAAUUGUAGAAUUUGUGUCUCAAGCUGCAAUUGAGAAGCUUGUUGUUGGAACUCCAUCUAAAGGAGGAUUUAUUAGAAGAUUUAAGAGCGCAGAUGUCGCAUCACACGUCUCUAAGGGAGCACCAGACUUCUGCACGGUUUAUGUUAUCUCUAAGGGAAAGUUGCUUUCAACUAGAAAUGCUGUGAGACCAGCUCCGGUGAUGUCUCCUCUGCGAGCUCAGAUACAGAGCCAGGCCAGCUUCAAGCCUGAUACUGGAGAGCCACACCAUUUGUUGGGAACAAAAGGUGAAAUUACAUCUAGAGCUCACAGCCCUCACAACUUGCAUGAUGAAUCAAUCAAGUCACCAUUCACAAGGGGAAACCGAGUGAAAUCCAAUGCAGAUCUGUUAUAUAAUGAUACUGACAUAUCUUUUGUGAGCUCAGGGAGGCCGAGCAUUGAUAGAUCAUUUCAACCAAGGCAUUCCAAUGCUUCAGAUGGCCAUGAUCAUAGUUUUGAGUCAGCUCGCACACCAAUUCGCUCCGUUGAUUCAUACUCGUUCGGGAAUGAGUUCUCUUCUGGUUCCGGGGCCAGUAGUUCAAACUCUUGGUCAUCUCAAACCAUGGAUGAUGUAGAGACUGAGAUGAAGAGACUGAGGCUGGAGCUCAGGCAAACUAUGGACAUGUACAAUGCUGCCUGCAAAGAAGCACUUAUCUCAAAGCAGAAGGCUCUUGAGCUCCACCGAUGGAAGAUGGAAGAAGAGCAUAAGCUGGAAGAAGCCCGGCUUGCCGAGGAAUCGGCCAUGGCGCUUGUAGAGAGAGAGAAGGCAAAGUGCAAAGCAGCCCUGGAAGCUGCUCAGGCGCAGCAGAGGAUAGCAGAGUUGGAAGCUCAGAAGAGAAGAUAUGCAGAGAUGCAGGCCUUAAGAGAAGCAGAGGAGAGGAAGGCAAUGGAUACUUUUUCUCCUACUGUUAGGUACCGAAGAUACACGAUAGAGGAGAUUGAAAAGGCUACAAACUACUUUGCUGAGAAUCUUAAGAUUGGUGAGGGUGGUUAUGGUCCUGUGUAUAAAUGUUUUUUAGAUCACACACCUGUUGCUGUUAAGGUACUCAGGCCCGAUGCUGCUCAAGGAAGAACACAGUUUCAACAGGAGGUUGAAGUUCUGAGCUGCAUUCGGCAUCCAAAUAUGGUCCUACUUCUCGGCGCCUGCCCUGAAUAUGGCUGCCUCGUCUACGAAUACAUGGCCAACGGAAGCUUAGACGACCGCCUUUUCCGCCGGAACAACACCCCUCCCAUCCCCUGGCAACACCGAUUCCGCAUCGCCGCCGAGAUCGCCACCGGCCUCCUCUUCCUCCACCAAACCAAACCCGAACCCCUCGUCCACCGUGACCUAAAACCCGGCAACAUCCUCCUCGAUCGCAACUUCGUAAGCAAAAUCAGCGACGUCGGCCUCGCCCGCUUAGUCCCCCCGUCCGUCGCCAACACCGUCACCCAAUACCGAAUGACUUCCACCGCCGGCACCUUCUGCUACAUCGAUCCCGAAUACCAGCAAACCGGAAUGCUCGGCGUCAAAUCCGACAUCUACUCCCUCGGAAUCAUGCUUCUUCAGAUCAUCACCGCCAAACCCGCCAUGGGACUCACCCAUCAUGUCAGCCGAGCCUUGGAGAAGGGGACUUUCGAGGAGCUCUUGGAUCCGAGCAUCGCGGAUUGGCCGGUGGAGGAGACGGUGAAGUUUGCAGAAAUGGCUUUGAAAUGCUCGGAGUUGAGGAGGAAGGAUCGGCCGGAUCUCGGGACUGUCGUGCUUCCCGAGCUGGAGAGGUUGAGAUCGCUUGGGGAAGAUAAUAUGCACAACUGUGUGAUGCUGAGGAGCGCGAAUAGCUCGCCUCUGAACAGUCAGGUUUUCUUGCAGGAUGUGCUGAGUGAUCCCAAUAUGAUUCAGUCUGGAUAUUAUGAGAGUUCCACCAAGACCAAUUCUGGUUUGUCUGCAGAAAGAAGAUCAAAUUUGAGUUGAGAGAUAGCAACAGGUGAUUGUUUUCAGUUUAUUUAUUCCUUUGUUUUUUUUUUUGCUUUGUCUUGCAACUUUUUGAAUGGUGAUGGAUUGGCCUCAGAAUGAUUUGGCUUAAGAGUUUAAUUUUUUUUUUUCUUGUUUGUUAUAUUAGUAGUAGCAAGCUUUUACAUUCAUGAUUGUAUGAAUUUCAUGUAAAUAAUCUAUUAUGUUUUGUUUGGGAUGA